AUGACGAAUCAUGUUUUCCGAUGGGCAGUCUGCGCGGCGCUGGAUAAGGCCGGCGUUCGAAUGUUUGCCUCGGCACGCCAGUUGCACGCAGGGGCUAGACGCAAGUCAAAAUUUGCGAGUCGAACAAAAUCACUUUUGAUCCGAAUGAAACAUGCUAUUUUGUCUGCAACCGAAACAAAUAACUCAAAUAAAUAUGUGAAGUUACCACCAAUACCGUGCCAUAUGUAUGCAAUGCAACAAAUAUUGAAAAAUAAUCCGUGUGGCUCCCUGAUAGAAACAUUUGUUGAACGCAGUGACAUUCUGGGGCAAAUCAUCUGUUCUCGAAGAAAAUUUGAGAAUGAAAAUGCCUCUGAAUUGAAGGAACCACCUAAUUUAGGAACAGAAAGAUGUCAGAAGCGUACUAUGAAAAAGUUUGGGAGGGAUAAAGAAUCCUGCACCCUCAAGAACUUUCAACCCUGGAUAUGUCCCGGCGCCCAAUUGGAACCAGCCCCCCCCUGCCUUUGUGACUCCCUCUUCUACGACCCCCCGAUAGACAGUUGCGUGGCCCUGUCUGAUUGCAGCUUACAAGCUGCGCUGCCCGAAGCUUCGGACUUCAGUUCACGCAUCGAAGUUGCAUGGUAUGUCCCGGCGCCCAAUUGGACCAGGGCUCCCCCUGCCAUUGUGGCUCCCUCUACCACGACCCGCCGACCAACAGCUGCGUCGCCCUGUCUGAUUGCAGCUCCCAAGCUGCGCUCCCCGAAGCCAGUUACCGUAUCGCCGUGUCCGGAUCGCACUCGCAAAGGGAUCCAGGCAAACCAUUCUGAGGAUAUAAUAAAACUUGUGAACGACACCAAUUUAAAGACAAAUGCCCAAGACUAUUUGAAAAAAUUUAAGUAUAAGUAUAUCUCAGUUGCUUUGGACAAAGUCCAAAGAAACACUUGCACUAUAGGAGAGGCUACAGAGAUAUGGCUAGAACUUUUAGAAGCAUUCGAGACUGAACAAGCAAAUGGAGAAUUUUUGGUGAGUGAUACGAAUAAAGUGAAGGAACGUAUGGAAAUGGCUUCAACCCCGCCAGCUCAUUUUUUGGCAAAUUUGCUUGAUCAUCGCUUCAGAGAAGCAUUUCCAAUUAUUAUUAAUUACCAGGCAAAGUGUGCACCCUUUGAACAUAUGUUUUCUAAACAUCUGAUUGAAAAUGAGAAUUCAAAAGUAAAACCAUUGGCAUGGUGGCGUUCUAUGAACAAUAUAAAUACGACAUCAAUGGAACUUGCUCAACAGCUUCAUACAGCUAUUGCAUUGUCAGCCAACAUAGAAAGACUCUUCUCAUCAUACGGUUCAGUCCAUUCAUCAGAACUACGUAAUCGGCUAGGCAAUGUCAAAGCGGCUAAGUUGGUUUCAAUUCUCAAAGAACUUUAUUCGAUCAGUGAUGACGUGACUGAUGAGAUUGAUGAUUAUGAGAUUGAAAGAGUGUGA